AUGAACUGUGUAUUGUGUUCUAUGUAUUUAUUUGCUCAAGGAAGGUCUUACCAAUAAUUUAACUAGAUUCUAGAACCACGUCGUACUGUGGAUUAUGCAUAUGACGUACUGUGUAUAGUGUAGGCUCUAUUAAGUAUCUUGCCAAAGGUAGAUCUACCUCAUUAAAUACAUGUACUGUGAAUUGUGUGUUUGUGCACUGUGUAUUGUGUAGGUCUAUUCCUCUAGACAGUGAACGAGUUUGUCAGUAAAUUAGCGUUUUACUACAUCUAUACAAAUUACAGCUUGCACAAAGUUGCAGUGUAGGGAAGGCGUAUACUUUCCAGGAAGACACCUACGUAACGACCCCACACCCAACACAAGGUGCAGACUCCUCAUUUCAAAGUCCAGACAACACUUCUGAUUACUAUGUCAGUUGAAGCAAGAUGACAAUAAAAAUUAAUGACGAGUAAAAUUGCAAGCAAAGUGACGAGAAAUAUGACGAGAAAAAUUAGAGCUUUGUGUUCAUGAGAGACGUCAACCCGUCAUUCUUUAUCCUUUUUGGUGCACGGCACGUCAGUUCAGCUGGCUCACUGCCUCCUUGGGUUGUUUACAGUCGUCACAAACGUCUUCCAAACCUCAGCAAGUUCAUCCUGUAUGGAAUCAAACUGAAUAUUUAUUACAAAGAGCAUUCUCAUCUACUCCGUCUGGUGUUUAUUUUGUGCAAAUAGGUUAAAUAGGAGCAGAGUUUGUGAUGCUGAAAAACAUUGUUGAACUAAAGUUGCUCCUCAAAACAUUUAAAUGUAUUCCGUACAAAGUUCUUUCUGCCUUUUUCUGCCGUUUUGAGUUACUUAGACCAUGAGGCCAGAAACCAAAUGUUCUAUCUGCUCUAUCAAAAUUAUGAGAUAAAUCGGAGUUGUUAUCAAGGUCUUCAAAGAAUUGCAUUCAAAAAAGUUUGACAAGUUAACAUUUUUCAUUACGUCAAAUUUCUCAAAACUAGGUACUGAACAGAUAGAACUGUGUAGUUCUAGGGUAGCGAUAUACUAAGAGUUUAAGUUCGUCUGAGCAAAAGGAAUGUCGAAAUACAACUUCUCUUCUCCAUUACAAAGUCCCCCGGUGUGUUUAUCUAACUGGAACGAUUGUUAAGAGAGAUCAAGAAUCUGGAUCGAGAUGGCUGUCGGCAACGAUAAUGUUGACGAUGACGGAAAGACAAUGGACAAUGAGGAUACGGAAUUCAAAAACCGUGUCGGCGGACGCGAUGAUAAGAUAAACGAAUCCCCUUUGCCCUUUGCUCCGACACUCGGAAAUAAAGGGGGGCUCAACAGUCACGUUCACAACGAUGAAGAGAUGGGUGGUGACAGGGCGAACGAGUUGGCGAGGACUGAGAAUGUUGGAGAGAGAGAAAAAGGAAAAGAGGAGGAGGACGUUAAAGAUGAGAUCACGGAGGAUGAUACAAGCGGUGUUCCUAUAGACAGAGGAUAUGCCUACGUUAUCUGUGCAGGACUGGGAUUCGCUCUGUCCUACGCCCCCUGUGUCGUCAUGGUAGGCUGCCACUUCCGGAAGUAUCGAAGCGUCGCCAACGGCAUCGCAGUGUCCGGUUCUGGCAUCGGUUCGUUCGCGAUUCCGAAUCUUAUCCGGUUCCUACUAAACAAAUACGGCUUAUUCGGAUGUUUGAUCAUCCUUGCAGCCAUCUUGUUGAACAUUUCUGUCUUCGCAUUGUUGCUUAGACCUUUGAGCAGUUACGUCAAAGCAGAAACUCUUCAAAUUCAGCCGGAAUCUUCACCUUCGGAUAAAGGAGAAGAAGAAGAGAAAUUCAUCGAUGGCGGAGAAGAAAAAACAACAACUGCAACCACAGAAAACGAACAGGACAAAACGUCGUAUCUCGAAAAAGCACACUUUUGUGAUAUUCCAGAGGUGGAGUAUAUGGAGCAACAGCAGCCAAGUGGGCAUAAUAACGAUACCGUGACUUACGAGCUAGAUGACCGCUCGCCUCUGUCCAUUUCCCAGACCUCCCUCCACAGACGACAAAACCGUCGACCUGGCGCAGUCGCAGACGCGGUGGCGGGAAACGGAGACGCGUCCAGGGAUAGAUACACUAGUAACGGCGACCUGAUGUUCGCGUCUCUGCAGAGUAUACCCCAGAAGGAGGUAAAGAAAGCAUCAGCGAGGACUUGGAGCAGGAUUCAGAACGUGGUGUGUUGUAGAGGGAACGGCCCAGGUGGGAAGCCCAUUUUUGAUUGGUCGUUGUUGAAGAACCCGGUGUUUCUGGUGUAUUGGUUCUCCGUGUGUUUCGGCAAUAUGGGCUACCCGAAUGUGUUCAUCAUGCUCCCGCCUCAUGUGGAGAGUUUAGGUCAAAGCAGAGAUAUGUCCGCCCUGUUGAUGUCAAUUAUCGGAUUGUCCGAUCUUGUGGGCAGACUUUUCUUUGGUUGGUUUUCCAACAUGGACAUCAUCCCCCGUCAUUAUGG